AAUCAUUAUCAUGAUUCACUGUCAUGGAGUCAUGUGAAGUAUCAGAGAUUCUCAAAUCCUCCAAAAACAUACCCAAAACAAUUUUCCUCUUUCCCCUCACAGCUUUCAUCCUUGUCCUUCUUCUUCCUCUCCUCAUUCACUUCAACCAAUCAUCUUCAAAGAUUCUCUUCACAACAACCACCGUUGUUGAAAAUCAAACAACAACAACAACAAAUAAUUGCAGCAAUUUGUUUUCUGGAAAAUGGGUUCCUUAUUUAGAACAAAGUUAUUACAACGAAACGUGUCCUUUUAUUAAGGAGAAUCAGAACUGUUUUGUUAAUGGAAGACCAGACAGGGAUUUUCUUAAAUGGAGAUGGAAACCUGAUGACUGUGAGCUUCCUUUGUUUGAUGCAAAAGUGUUUUUGAAGAUUGUUAAGGGAAAGUCAAUGGCUUUUGUUGGUGAUUCAAUUGCUAGAAAUCAGAUGCAAUCUUUGCUGUGUCUCUUGAAUUCCGUUGCUCGGCCAGAGGACGUUUCAACCAAAUAUGUAUCAAAUGAAGACUUAACAUAUUUCAAAUGGUGGUUCUAUGCUGAUUAUAACUUCACCAUUACAAUGUUAUGGUCCCCUUUUCUAGUGAAAUCCUCUAAAUCUUACAUCUACAACAGUUCUAAUUUCCUCAAACCCGAGAGUCUUUAUCUCGACGAACCAGACACAGCUUGGACGAGUCGAAUUGAAAAUUACGACUACGUAAUUUUCUCCGGUGGACAGUGGUUUUUCCGACCAUUCACAUUCUACGAAAACAAUACAGUUGUUGGAUGUCAAAAAUGCAACAACUCAAUAGAACUCAACUAUUACGGAUACAAGAAAGCGUACCAAACCGCGCUCAAAACUAUUACGAAUCACGAAAAGUUCAAAGGAUUGGUGUUUUUAGCGACACAUUCUCCAAAUCAUUUUGAGAACGGCGAAUGGAAUAAAGGCGGAGGAUGUAAUAGAACACAGCCCUUUAGUAAUGAACAAAAAUGGGAUGUGCAUCCUUAUGGUCUAGAGAUAUUGCAUCAAAUACAAAUCGAUGAAUUCAGUGCUGCAAAGAAGAAUGCAGGCGAAAAUGGCUCGCGUUUUGGUUUGAUCGAUAUAACGGAUGCGAUGUUGAUGAGGCCGGACGCACAUCCUAACAAAUAUUGGCACGCGAUGGGUAAAAAUGUGAGUGUUAAUGAUUGUAUUCAUUGGUGUGUGCCGGGACCUGUUGAUACUAUCAACGAGAUUUUUCUCUAUAUGAUCAUGAGAAUGAAGUUAUGAUAGAUAGUAUUUUUAGUUUCGAAAUGCAUACUUGUGUUUUGGAAAGUGAUUUUUCUUAAAAAAUGUAUUGAACAAAGGUGUUAGUGUUUUUCUAUGAAGAACUGCUAAUUAAGUAUUAGGCCAGACGAAGUGGUCAUAAUUAUUAGAAACUCACACGAGGCAGCGUUCGAACUUGGUGUGACGUCCAACCUAACCUGAUAUUAUACAAAUGAACUUCUGAUUCUUGUUGUCCAUUUUGAUAUUGCCAAAAUGUAAAUGAUCAUUAUGAGGACAUCAGAUUUGUUUGUUUGCAUACAUUUUCUUAAAUUCAUCACCCUAAUUCUUUGAGAAAUAGUCAAAGUAAACUCUUAAUUGUUAUGAUAACAUAAAUGUUAGAAAUAAAGCAGUAUUAGGUAUUUUUUAGAAUGAUGAAUUGGUAUUUGGUUGGGUGGUAUGUGAAAAGGAAUUUAUAUUUUUGAAAUAUCUUACAGAAAAAGUGGGUCAAAGAAGUGAUUAAUAAUACUCUUGGGCAGUACUACUACUCAACCCACCCCACAGGGGCUACUACACUACAGCAGAAAUUCUAAAAUGUUUU